AUGGACCUAUAAUUAGCUAGCAAGAUUAAGUUGCAGAGGCUUCAGGCAGGGCAGAGCACAUUGGUCUGCCUUUUUUACAGACAGACCUUUGGGCAGAAAACAGCUAAAGCUUUCUGCUCCCUCCCCUUUCCUAAGUAUUUGCAAAAUGGAUUCACAAAGGGAACUCACUGAAGAACUCAGGCUUUACCAAUCCACCCUUCUUCAGGAUGGCCUCAAGGAACUCCUCGAAGAGAAAAAGUUUAUAGAUUGCUUUCUAAAAGCUGGUGACAGAAGCCUGCCUUGUCACAGAUUGAUUCUCUCAGCAUGUAGUCCUUAUUUCCGUGAGUAUUUCUUAUCUGAGCAAAAUGAAGAUAAAAAGAAGGAGGUAGUUCUCGAUAACGUUGACCCCAGCAUCCUGGAUAUGAUUGUGAAAUACCUUUAUUCGGCAAGUAUUGACCUUAAUGAUUCUAACGUACAAGAUAUUUUUGCCUUGGCCAGUCGCUUUCAGAUUCCUUCUGUAUUCACUGUGUGUGUCUCCUAUCUUCAAAAGAGGCUUGCUGUUGGUAACUGUCUGGCCAUCCUUCGAUUAGGUGUUCUGCUUGACUGCCCAAGACUUGCGUUUUCUGCCCGUGAUUUUGUUUCAGAUCAUUUUCUGCAGAUCUGCAAAGAAGAGGACUUCAUGCAGCUUGCUCCUCAUGAACUUAUCUCAAUUAUUUCGCCUGACAGCUUGAAUGUAGAGAAGGAAGAACUGGUAUUUGAAGCAGUAAUGAGAUGGGUCCGAACAGACAAGGAGAACAGAGUGAAGAGCCUGGGGGAAAUUUUUGACUGCAUACGUUUUCGUCUUAUGCCAGAAAAAUAUUUCAAAGAGCAUGUUGAGAAGGAUGAUGUAAUUAAAAGCAACUCAGACCUUCAGAAGAAAGUAAAGAUUAUUAAAGAUGCUUUUGCUGGAAAAUUACCUGACUCUAGCAAAAGUACAGAAAAGUCAACCAAAGGGGAGGUGAAUGGCGAUGUAGGAGAUGAAGAUUUAUUGCCUGGCUACCUAAAUGACCUUCCCAGGCACGGCAUGUUUGUCAAAGACCUAAUUCUUCUGGUUAAUGACACUGCUGCAGUAGCUUAUGAUCCUCUGGAAAAUGAAUGUUACCUAGCAGCCCUGGCAGAACAGAUUCCCAGAAAUCAUUCCAGUAUAGUCACCAAACAAAAUCAGGUCUACGUUCUUGGAGGACUAUAUGUGGAAGAGGAGAACAAGGAUCAGCCUUUCCAGUCAUACUUCUUCCAGCUGGAUAACAUUGCUGGUGAGUGGGUUGCCCUUCCUCCACUGCCGUCAGCCAGGUGUCUCUUCGGGCUGGGAGAGUCAGACAACAAGAUCUAUGUAAUUGCAGGCAAGGACCUUCGCACUGAGGAGUCUCUAGAUUCAGUAUUGUGCUAUGAUCCUGUGGCAAUGAAAUGGGGUGAGAUCAAAAAACUACCCAUGAAAGUAUAUGGCCAUGCUACUGUCUCAAACAACGGAUUGAUAUAUUGUCUUGGUGGAAAAACUGAUGAUAAGAAAUGCACUAAUAGAGUAUUUGUAUACAAUCCCAAGAAAGGAGACUGGAGAGACCUGGCUCCAAUGAAAGUGGCCCGCUCGAUGUUUGGAACAGCCAUCCAUAAGGGCAAGAUUGUCAUUGCAGGUGGUGUCACUGAAGAAGGCCUUACUGCAUCUGUUGAAGCUUUUGAUCUGACCACCAAUAAGUGGGAGAUUAUGCCUGAAUUUCCCCAAGAAAGAAGUUCCAUCAGUUUAGUCACCUUAAGUGGAGCUUUGUAUGCUAUUGGAGGCUUUGCAAUGGUUCAGCUUGAAUCUAAGGAAUUUGCACCCAGUGAAGUCACUGACAUAUGGAAGUAUGACGAUGAAAAGAAGGAAUGGGUUGGCAUACUGAAAGAGAUCCGAUAUGCUACUGGAGCCUCCUGCCUGGCUACACGCUUAAACCUCUUCAGAUUGUCAAAAUUGUAAACAAAAUGCUG